CGCCCUUUCCCCCUCCCACCUUUUUCCUCUGUCUUACUAUUGAUCUCCAGCGCCUUUAAACGAAAAGAUGAGCGUUCAUUUCCUUUACACUUAGCUAUUGUUUUUCUUUAAUCACCGGGCUUUUGCGGCUUGAACCAGAGUGAAACCGGUCCUCCAUUCCUAGGACCCACCCCUUCCCCCUCCAGCUUCCUUCCUCCGACCCCAGUGAGCCUCAUCCUUUGAACACUGUCACACCAUGAGUGACUUAGACAGAGCGAUCGCGCAACUACGCGCUUGCCGUCUGAUCCCCGAAUCUCAAGUCCGCGAACUCUGCUACAAAGCGCGGGAACUCCUCAUCGAAGAAGGCAAUGUGGUGUGCGUGGACGCCCCCGUCACCAUCUGUGGCGACAUUCACGGACAGUUCCACGACCUGAUGGAGCUCUUUCGCGUGGGCGGCGAUGUGCCCGACACCAACUACCUCUUCAUGGGGGAUUUCGUCGACCGCGGGUUCUACUCGCUCGAAUCCUUCCUGCUCCUCCUCUGCCUCAAGGUCCGCUAUCCCGACCGCAUCACGCUGAUCCGCGGCAACCACGAGUCGCGCCAGAUCACGACGGUUUACGGCUUCUACGACGAAUGCAUCCGGAAAUACGGCAGCGCCAAUGUCUGGCGGUACUGCUGCGAGGUCUUCGACUACCUGGCGCUGGGGGCGCUGGUGCUGGGCGCCAGCUCAGGCUUGGAGCCCACGGGCCCCGCGCUGGAGACCACGUCGUCGACAAUGUCGCUGGACGACAGCGAGCUGGAAACCGAGGUGCUGAACUCGCGCGGCGAGGUGACGAUGAGCAGCUACCGACCCAAACAGCCACGCACCGACUCGCCCCUCCUCCCCUCUCUCUCCCAAGACAAAUCCGCCACGUCGUCCACCACCCAGACCCCAGCCUCCUCGAUGCCACCCCUGCGAUCCGGCUGGGCAGGCACCGGCGCCACCAGCGACUCCUCCGGCAGCUACGCCACCGGCACGGGGGCUGUCCUGUGCGUCCACGGGGGUCUCUCCCCACUCAUCGACAGCGUGGAUAAGAUCCGACUGAUCGACCGCAAACAAGAAGUGCCGCACGAAGGCGCGAUGUGCGACCUCCUCUGGUCGGACCCGGACGAGAUCGACGGCUGGGGCCUCAGCCCGCGCGGCGCGGGGUUCCUGUUCGGGGGCGACAUCGUGAAGCACUUCAACUACAAGAACGACCUGUCGCUGAUCGCGCGCGCCCAUCAGCUCGUCAUGGAAGGGUACAAGGAGAUGUUCGACGGCGGCAUCGUCACCGUCUGGUCCGCCCCCAACUACUGCUACCGCUGCGGCAACGUCGCCUCCAUCCUGGAGCUCGGCGAGGAUGCCAGCAACGGGGGCACGGUCGCCCGCAGCAACGGCGACUACGGUCGAAGCAACGGCGGUGCGGCCGGAGCGGCGGCCGUGACGCGAAGCCCCGGUCGACGGUACCGGGUCUUUGAGGCCGCCGCGCAGGAUACCAGAGGAAUGCCCGCGAAGAAGCCUGUAGCUGAUUAUUUCCUGUGAUAAGUGAUACCAAAGUUCUGCUCCAUCCUAUUAAACCAUCCAUCCUUCUUCCUCAAACCAACCUGACAUCACACACCUCCUUCUCGGCACCAUAUAUAUGCCUCACCUACUUACCUACUUACCUACCUACCUACCUACCUCCUACCAAUACAAUACAACAAACUUGCAUGGACACGACCUUUCUUUCUCUGCGUUGCAUUACAUUACGUUACUCAUUCCGGCAUUUCUUUCCAUCUCCGCAUGUGCCAAUUUCUUCAACCUUCUAUAUCUGUAUCUCUUCUCUCCUUUCUUCAUACAUACAUACAUUCACAUUCAGUCUUAAGCAACAUCCAUCGCCACUAGCUUCUACAAGUUCCAGGCUCCAAAGCUCCAAGCUCCUUUUUUACCCCACAGAAACCCCAUGAAACCCCAUGGAAUUUCCAGGGAACCCAACUAGCUAGAUAAACAUGCCAUUACCUUCAUAGGCAUAAGAAUCAUCCCUGCUCCCCC